AUGCCGCUCGCCGCCGCAGAGGUCAGCGCGCAGCGCGAGGCGCUGAGCAAGGCACUGGCAGAGAGCAGACUCGACGACUGCAGGGCACUGCUCAAGACGCUCAAGGCCGGCGUCGUGCCGACCGAGGAGCUGAUUCGCGCAACCAAGAUUGGGCAAGCAGUAGGCAAGCUGCGCAAUCACUCCGACAAGGCCCUGUCGCAGGCCGCCAAGGAUCUGGUGGGCGGCUGGAAGGUGGAGAUUGAGAAGCAGCGCGCCGCUGGCGGCUCCUCGGCUGGCGGAGCGAGCGCAAGCGCGAGCGGCACGGGGACACCGAAGGUCAAGGAGAAGAAAGGUGACAGCUCCAAGCCAGCGUCCGGCGCUUCCAAGCCUUCGAGCAGCGCGAAAGUGGGCGGCACGUCAAAGUCAAGCCUAGACUUUGAGGCGCUCAAGGACAAGACGCGAAAUGCCUGCCUCAAAGUGCUGUACAAUGCGCUCGAGGUGGGAGCAGAAUGCGACGCGAGUGACAUCUAUUCUGCCGCACUAGGCGUCGAGUCCGCCGUGUUCGACGACAUCGGCAAAGGCUCCGUCACGGCAGACUAUCGCAACAAGCUGCGCUCUCUCACCUUGAACCUCAAGGAUGCCUCCAACCCGGCCCUCCGAUCCCGCGUGCUCUCCGGCGAGCUCACGCCGUCCGUCCUCGUGCAAAUGGGUCCGGAAGAUUUGGCGUCCGACGCGCGGAGAGAGGAGAGGGAGAAGCUCCAGAUGCAAAAUCUCUUCGGAUCGAAAGCGGCGGAAGAUCAACAGGCCGAGACGGAUGCGUUUGAAUGUGGACGCUGCAAGCAACGCAAGACGCGGUACUAUCAGAAGCAGACUAGGAGCGCCGAUGAGCCUAUGACGACAUUCGUGACGUGCACCAACUGCAACAACAAGUGGAAGUUCUGCUAG